GCACCAAGACAGCCUGAUAAGCAGAUCUCUGAAAUGGUGGACGAGUCAGUGAGACUUGCAAGAGCUUUCUGUGACAGAAAAUGGCCUGUCUUUGCUAGUCUUGAUUCUCAUCACCCUGACAUUCCUGAGCCUCCUUAUCCUCCUCAUUGCAUUGCUGGAACUGAUGAAGGAAAGAUAGUCCCAGCCCUGCAAUGGUUGGAGAAUGAAGCUAAUGUGACACUUAGGCGUAAAGAUUGCAUUGACGGGUUCCUUGGUUCCGCUGAGAAAGAUGGCUCUAAUGUUUUUAUCAAUUGGGUGCAAAGUAAUCAGAUCAAAGCGAUAUUGUUCGUAGGGAUACGCACAGAUAUAUGUGUCCUAGAUUUUGUGUGUACCACUUUGUCUGCAAGAAAUAGAGGUUUCCUUGUCCCUAUGGAGGAUGUGAUUGUGUACUCCCGUGGUUGCGCCACUUUUGAUAUUCCCGUUGAAGUUGCCACCACUUCCAAAGAUGAAGCUCAUCCCCAG